UCAUAACUUGUCCCAUAAACUUUAUACGACCGACAUGACAAAUUUUAAUGUAUUAAAAUCGAUAUUAAAUUAUUAAAUUAUUCACAACAAGUAAUGGAAUCCGACAAUACAGUGUUAGUGAUUGGGAUAGAUUUCGGGACUUCUGGAUCAGGAUAUGCAUUUUCAUUCAGACACGAAUACAAGAACGAUCCUUUGAAUAUUUCUACAUAUUCUUGGACAGGAUCUGCUUAUAAAACACCGUCAAGUAUCCUUAUAAAACCAGAUCAAACGUUUGAUUCCUUUGGAGAUGAGGCUGAAGAGAAGUAUAAAGACUUGUGCGAAAAUGGAUUGGAGAGAGAAUGGUAUUUUCUUCAGGGAUUCAAAAUGCAGCUAUAUGAAGCUGUAGAGAAGGGUCAGGAUGCGCGACAGGACAUACUUAUGAAAGACAAUAGCGGGAAAAGGAUUUCAGGCAAAUUAGUUUUGUCUUAUGCCAUUGGUUACUUGAGGAAGCACGUGAUUGACCAACUUGAACACAGAAGUACUGGGGUACCAGAAGAAUACAUUACUUGGGUAAUCACUGUUCCAGCGAUAUGGGAUGAUGCAUGCAAACAAUUUAUGAAACAGUCAGCCCAACAGGCCGGUAUUCAUUCAGAUAAAUUUUCAUUGGUUUAUGAACCAGAAGCUGCUUCUAUUUAUGCCAAAAGUUUGCCUCUAGAAAGAGUAGCUUGUGAUGAUAACACAAUUUCAUUGAAGAACUUUGACCCGGGAAAAAAAUUUAUAGUUGUAGAUGGUGGAGGUGGGACAAUUGACAUAUCAGCCCAAAAAGUGGAAGGAAAUGGCGGUCUUGCCAUAAUACAUAGGGCUGGCGGAGGACCGUAUGGCGGUGAAUAUAUUAACCAAGAAUACAGAAAAAUGCUCACAAAAAUAUGUGGUGGAGAAGUCCUUCGUCAAUUUAAGGAAAACCAUAUUUAUGAUUAUACAGAUAUGAUGAAAAACUUUGAAACCAAAAAGAAAACAUUUGUAGGUAAAAAUGUCGUUGUAAGAUUACCAGUUACAUUGUGUGAUAUUCUUUCUGAAACAACCGGCUGCAGUUUUUCAGAUUUAGUACAAGACGGUAGCAUGAGAGAAAAUUUGAGCAUAAAAAGAGAUAAGUUAAUUAUCACAGAAAAAAUAUUUCGUAGCUUUUUUGCUGAAUCCAUCAAAUGUAUAGUUGAUGAAAUAACAAAAGUUUUAAAAGAUCCACAGUGUUCUGGAGUCUCAACUAUUAUGAUGGUUGGGGGAUUUUCUGAGUCAGAAAUAAUACGUGUUCGAAUAAAAGAAGCAUUUCCUGACAAAGAAGUAUUCAUUCCGCAACAGGGAGGGCAGGCUGUUCUUCAAGGGGCAGUACUUUACGGUCAUAAUCCAAGAAUCGUCUCAUCGCGUACUUGUAAUUAUACGUACGGGGUGGCUGUCACAGCUCCGUUUCAACGUGACGUACAUGACCCCACAAAAUUAUUUAUUGACAAUGAUGAAGAAAUGUGUGACGAUAUUUUUCAAAAGUGUUACACCAUUGACGAACAAGUUGAUAUGGGAGAAAGACGAAGUAUAUCUUUAACUUAUAAUUAUGAAGAUGAAACCACACAAGAAAAAAGAAAAGAAGAUGGUAAAGUAGAAAUAUACAUUUCUGAAACCCAAAAUCCAAUGUACGUUACAGACCAAGGCACAACAUUGCAUGCAGUUAUACAUGUGCCGCCACCUGGUGGAUUAUGGCCACCAAUUUCUCAUGGUAGAGUUGAACUAGAGAGAGGAGGAACUGAGAUGAUUGGUACUUAUAUUGAUAAGAUAACCGGGGCAAGGACAUCUACCAAAUUUGAAUUUCUUCCAAAACGGGAAAACGAGUUUCGACGAAGGUUAUACGAUCCGCAAAAUGUUUUGCUGCAGUCUGAUGACUAAUAUAGUUAGUUGUAUCAUUUAUCAUGCAAUACAGAGCAAU